GCGAGAACUGGGGACAGGAAGUCGCGUAUCUUAGCGUGGAUGCUAACGGUAAACUGUGAUAUUUAGCCACACCUCGCAGGUCCAUCUCCCACAAACAAGAAUGGAUAUAAGUUAACAAUGACUGGAGAGAAAAAGAAGAAAAAGCGGCUGAACCGCAGCAUUCUUCUAGCUAAGAAAAUCAUCAUUAAAGAUGGAGGCACUCCACAGGGGAUUGGAGAGCCCAGUGUCUACCAUGCUGUGGUGGUUAUCUUCCUGGAGUUCUUUGCCUGGGGACUGCUCACCACUCCCAUGCUUACGGUGUUACAUCAGACAUUCCCCCAGCACACAUUCCUGAUGAACGGACUUAUUCAUGGUGUCAAGGGCCUGCUGUCUUUCCUGAGUGCUCCAUUAAUCGGUGCUCUGUCAGAUGUGUGGGGCCGGAAGUCCUUCCUGCUGCUCACUGUGUUUUUCACCUGUGCUCCCAUCCCUCUCAUGAAGAUCAGCCCAUGGUGGUACUUUGCAGUGAUCUCCAUGUCUGGUGUGUUUGCGGUCACUUUCUCUGUGAUCUUUGCAUAUGUGGCCGAUAUCACCCAGGAGCAUGAGAGGAGCACAGCAUAUGGCCUGGUAUCGGCCACUUUUGCAGCCAGCCUGGUGACAAGCCCAGCGAUCGGUGCGUACCUGUCAGAGGCGUAUGGAGAUACAUUGGUGGUGAUCCUCGCCACGGCCAUUGCCCUGCUCGACAUCUGUUUUAUCCUGGUAGCGGUUCCUGAGUCCCUGCCUGAGAAGAUGAGACCGGCCUCCUGGGGGGCCCCCAUCUCCUGGGAGCAGGCAGACCCCUUUGCAUCCUUGCGUAAGGUGGGCCAGGACUCCACGGUUCUCCUGAUCUGCAUCACAGUCUUCCUUUCCUACCUUCCUGAGGCUGGACAGUAUUCCAGUUUCUUCCUGUAUCUCAGACAGGUCAUUGGAUUUACGUCAGAAACAGUUGCUGCCUUCAUUGCUGUGGUGGGAAUCCUGUCCAUCUUGGCUCAGACGGUUGUCCUAGGAAUCCUGAUGCGUUCCAUAGGGAAUAAGAACACUAUUUUGUUAGGCCUCGGCUUUCAAAUCCUACAGCUGGCCUGGUACGGCUUUGGCUCCCAGCCCUGGAUGAUGUGGGCCGCUGGAGCUGUUGCUGCCAUGUCCAGCAUCACCUUCCCAGCAAUCAGUGCCAUAGUGUCCCGCAACGCAGACCCUGACCAACAAGGUGUGGUGCAGGGGAUGAUCACAGGAAUUCGAGGACUAUGUAACGGCCUGGGUCCUGCGCUCUACGGCUUCGUCUUCUACCUGUUUCACGUGGAGCUCAGUGAAAUGGACCCCGCAGAGAGCCCAGAGAAGGGUGCCAAACCCAACAUGGCCAACCCCACAGAUGAGAGUGCCAUCAUCCCCGGCCCUCCUUUCCUGUUCGGAGCAUGCUCGGUUUUGCUGUCCCUUCUGGUUGCUCUCUUCAUCCCAGAGCACAAUGCUCUCAACAUGCGGCCCAGCAGCUACAAGAAGCACAACAACGGCGCGCAGAGCCACUUACACGGCUCUCAGGGCGGACCCUGCGAGGGAAAGGAGCCUCUGCUGGAGGACAGCAGCGUAUAACCCCACUGACGAGGGGGGCGGGCACGGACCCCAAACCCCCUCACAUCAACACCCCAACCUCCCCAGGCGCACAUGAGCAGUGCACCUUUUUACAGAAGAUGACAUCACCGCCCUCUCUUGUUCCCCUGCAGCUCGGCGAAGGCAGAACGAGCUGUGGGAACCGGUGCACGUAUUACAAGUGCGUAACUAGGCCAACGGGAGCUGACCUUGGCCUUGAAGAACAGGAAGUGGAGCGAAGGACAUUUUGCCUUGAGGGAAAUGCAAGCAGACACAGUUGUGUACUGAUACGGACUUGGUGAAGGUUUUCCUCAUUUUUACUGUUACAUAGGGGUUUUUUUGUGUGUCUUUUCUCUUAUUCAGAAUUUCAAUUGUUUAAAUGUUCCUUCCUUGUCCAAAGACCUGGUAACCGUAACAAUAGGGAACGUGUCUAUCGUGACGUUACAGGCUAACUUUUGAUGUGCUGCUUUCUACUGGUUCUUCUUGGUUUUGUACUUAACAGAUUGAAAGACGCUUCUAGAGAAGAGCGUGUCGUCUUUUCGAACCCUCAAGGAAAACGUAACCAAGAAGGUCAUUUCACACAGUCGUCGCUGUUGUAUCAUGCUCCUUCGAACUAGAGUUUCUGUUCUUGUACAUCAGAUGAAAUAGUUUGUACUUCCUCUCCCUUGCUAUCACGAGCGGUGUGUCAGAAUUCAUGCAGAGGGAGUAAAAGUUGCCUUUUAAGUGGCUUUUUAUCACAAUUACCAAACCCAGAUGAAGACUACGCUCUGAGAAGGGUCAACCGUAUCGCUCCUGUCGGAGCCUGCGCAUAUUUGAUUUUCGUUCAUCGUCUGCUUCGCCACCAGAACUCCCUGUGAACGUCAGCACUGCCACGAUACAACAGGCUAGCAGGGUUACAAGCUUACUGACCGCAUACCUAGUUUUCAUAUUAUCGCAAGCACUGAUGUGGGUGGAAUAGCUUCGAUGUGAUUGGAUGAGCAUCGCUAGAUCCAGUGAAUCUAAUAUCACACAUGCUGCUACUGUAGGGUGUACAAGGUUACAAAGUUCUGUGGUAUAAUACUAUACUCUAAACGUGGUGUUUCUAUUAGAGUUAAGCUUUUUCUGGCACGCCAUUGUGAUUUUAGACCCCAAAUUUUGUGGCCGAUUUCUAUUUGCGGUGCUUAAUUUUUUCUGGUGAGAAACUUUUUGAAUACUUUUAUCAGAUCUCAACAUUAACGUUCGAUUUUUCCAGAGAAAACCUCAAGUGCAUUCAGAUCACUUUUUCUUUUAAACCGAUCUCUGGGUUUUGUUUAUUUGGUUUUAGGUGCCAUACCUGACUUUAUUUCUGUCUUUUGUGUGUUUUUAUUCAUUUGUGUGUUUCACUUUCUGGUAUUUGUAUGGUUUUCUUCUCUUUUUUUUUUUUUAUGUUGCUAUUUUCAAGACAAAUCCACAAGAUGUUCCACAGCUUGUUUUUAGCUAACAUUUUGGACCAUUUAUGUUUUCUUACAGCAUUGAAAACCAUGUAAAUGUUAUUUAAAGGUUUUUUCCAUCAUUUCACAUUGAGCUGUAUGACCAAACUUGAAUGGAAUUCUUUAUCAUAUAUUUUCAUCCUGUUUUGUACCUGCAUAAUUACUCCUUUUCACUAGCCACUAAAAGAAAUCUGGUGUUUGCCUCCGAAAAAAAAAGCCAAUUAAUUUGUGCCUAAAAUGUGCUCUAAAAGAAUAGAAACAGUUUAUGUGAAUGGUGAUCCGGCUGUAAAUAUUAGGAACUAAUGAGAAACUAUUUAUUAAAAGUUUAUUGAUAUUGAA